AUGCACAGGACCAUGGCGCAUGCAGCCCGGUCUCGACAGGCAGCCACGCCCCGCGCUUCGCCGUGCAAGGAGGGGAACCCUCCAGCCGCUUCCGAGGCCGGAGAGAAUGUGAAGAAGUCCCGGAGGCGGGGAACCGCGGAUUCGCCCCGCCGUAGAGACAGCAGACAGUCGGACGAAAAGGGGAAGAAGCGGCGUUUGCCUGCAUCCUCGCCGGCGGUUUCAGAUUCCGGGGAACAGGAUGAGGGAAGACAGAAGGCGAGGAAGAGAGGCUCGAGGGAAGAAGUCGCGAGCAAGGUGGCGAAACCAGAGACGAGGACGAAGCAGCCGCUGUCGACGGCAGGCAUUCUGAACAAGAAGCGGAGACAGCAGGUUGCAUUUCAGCUGCUGCAGGCCAAGAAGAAGGACAGAGCCAAGAAGAAAAAGGAGACGCGCGCGAAGGAGAAGCGUGGCGAGACAGUCGAGAAGAAAACGCCUAAAACCAUCGAAUCGAUGCGGCGCUACGACCCGACAGUUGUCGAGGAAGACGAAGAGGAAGUCGCGGGUGACGAAGCAGCCGACGAAUUCGCCUCCUACUUCAACCGCGAAGUCACGCCGAAGUUGAUGAUCACCACAAACAAACGGGUAACGGCUGAUAUGUACAGCUUUCUGAAAGAAGUGCUGUACAUCUUCCCAAACGCGUUCUUCUACAAGAGAGGGCCAUACCACAUCAAGAACAUCUGUAAAUUCGCCAUCAAGCAAGGCUUCACAGACCUCCUCAUUUUCAAGGAAAAGAACCACCGACCCUACGGCCUUUACAUCGUCCAUCUUCCAGAGGGGCCAACAUCGUACUUUCGCUUGUCCAGCGUUCGCCUCGCGCAAGAGAUGCACGGAGGGGCAACGAUGACAACGCACCUUCCUGAACUGUUGCUGAACAACUUCACCACCCGACUGGGCCGCCGCGUUGCUAGGCAACUCGCAGCCCUCUUCCCUCUGACACCCGAGUUCUCUGGACGGCGAGUCGUGACUUUCCACAACCAGCGAGACUUUAUUUUUUUCCGACAUCAUCGGUACAUCUUUGAGGACGGGAAGAAGACACGCCUCCAGGAGAUCGGUCCUCGCCUGACGCUGAAGCUGCUCUGGAUGCAUGCGGGUCUUUUCGACACCAAAGAGGGUCUGUACGAGUUCAUCUGGAGACCGGACAUGAAGGUCGACAGAAAGAACAUGUUGAUCUAG